AUGGAGCGCGGAGACGCCGCGGCGGCGGCCUCUGAUGGAGAGCAGAGACGCUGUGGCGUCCUCAUGAAUAACGCAGCCGCCCUCAGGUGGAGGACAGGUCAUCAGAAUCAUCUGGUUUUUAAUCCAUGUUUCAUUUUUCACAGCUGAUCAUAAAUCAGUCUGAGAGACGCCGUGACGACCAUCAACGCUGAGCAGGGUCACCACGACCCGGGUCAUGGCGGUCAUGGCGGUCCGGUGACACUGAGCCCCCCCCCCGGCGGCGUGUAUUAUUGAUAAAAUGGCGGUGCAGAUCUCGCCUCAUCAAUAAUUCACACAGACGUUGAUUUUCGUUCAGAUUUCCUCUGAUGAUGUUUUUUUUUUUUUUUAGCUCAGAUGAACCACAAAGAGAAGGUCAAAGGUCAAAGGUCAGAGGUCAGAGAUCUUUGUCUUACCCGGGUUUGUGAACGCCCACGCCGUCUCCAUGAGUUCAGCCCCUACAGUGGGUGUAAACGACCAUUAAAGGUCAUUAAAGGGCGUGGCUAACUUUAAAGGGGAGGUCCAAAUAUAACGUCGCACCAUGAAACACGACGAGUCAGAGCGACGGAGGAGAGAAGGAGGAGGGGGAUGAGGAGGAGGAGGAGGUGGCGGCGUUGGCGUGUUCUCUGCAGACUCUGAGAUCAUCUGUUCAGAUCUGACUAAUGGCCUGGUCCUGGUCCUGGUCCUCUUGGGGGACCGUCCUGAGCUCCAUCAAAGAGGUCCUGGAGGACACUUUAUUCUGAAAAUACUCGCCGCCACUUCCUCUUCGUGUUCCAGACGAGCUCCUCCAUUAAAAGCCUCCAGACUCACCUGAGGACUCGGUCAGACAUCUUUGGUCUCAGGUGAGUUUCCUUAAUGGACCCGAAGUCUCGUCUGAACAGGAUCAGAACUUCAUCACAGCUGAGCUCUUCAAGGACACGAGGACGAGGACACGAAGACGAGGACACGAAGACGAGGACAGGAAGACGAGGACGCGAAGACGAGGACACGAAGACGAGGACGAAGACGAAGACGACGACACGAAGACAAGGACACGAAGACAAGGACACAAAGACGAGGACAUGAAGACGAAGACGAGGACACGAAGACAAGGACACAAAGACGAGGACAUGAAGACGAAGACAUGA